UCGUUGUGUUUGUAAAAUUUGUGGCCACUGCGCUCCGUGAGUUGGCUGGUCAGAAACUUGUGAAUCGACAUUUAAACGUGAAGUUUUGUCCGUAGAGUUAGCACACGUCGUCCGCGGUUUUCUCAUUUUAUUCUGGUCUAGUGGGUUUUUUUCGCGUCUAGUAAAAGUGCUUGGAGGGAGGAUUCCCCGAACGCCCUCAUUUGCGUGGGUGGAAGACAGCCCUCUGCGUAGGAAGAAAAAGGAUUCCAUCAGCGGACAGAAGAUUUGAUGGAAAGUUAAAUUUCGCAGCUGUCGGGGUUGUGAUUUACUUGCUGGUGCUGUUGUGAAGUGCUGGGAAAAAUAAGUGGUGGCAAAGUUGGGCUGGAAGAGAUUUCAGUUCCAUAUUGUGGGUGAAAUCUGUCCGAUUCGCUUCAGCCACCGGAACGAAGCUCUCGAUAAUGGUGCAAAAUAAGAAAUUAUCCGCAGUGCUUGUGAUUGCUCUAAAUUGUUUCGUGUUAGCGGCAAAUGGCUUCACGCUGCCAAAUGAGUCGUCUCCCGCUGGGGCCAUAAUCGAGGAGGAUGAAAGUUUCCUUCAGAAUCCUCGCUACGAAAACAACGACGAGCUGCAGGAUUUGUUGGCGCGGCUCCAGAAGAACCAUCCGACCUUGGUGAAAGUGCACAGCAUCGGUUCAUCUCUGGAGAACCGCCCGCUAUUGGCCGUGGAAAUAAGACCGAAUAUCGAUCGCCCGAGGCCGCUGCUGAUGCCCAUGUUCAAGUACGUGGCCAACAUGCACGGCGACGAGACGGUCGGUCGCGAGCUGCUGAUCUACCUGGCGCAGUAUCUGGUCAACAACUACGCCCAGGAUCCGGAGAUUGGAUCACUGGUGAACAGCACGGCCAUCUUCCUGAUGCCCAGCAUGAAUCCGGACGGGUUCCAUCGGUCCAAGGAGGGUAGCUGCGAAUCACCGCCCAACUACGUGGGACGCUACAACGCGGCCGGAGUCGAUUUGAAUCGGGACUUCCCGGACCGGUUCGACAAUGAUCGGGUGCGGCAUCUGCGUCGCAACCGCCAGCAGCCGGAAACCGUGGCCGUCAUGAACUGGAUCCUGAACAAUCCAUUUGUGCUGUCGGCGAACCUGCACGGAGGCGCCGUGGUGGCCAGUUAUCCGUACGAUAACUCGAUAUAUCACCACGAAUGCUGUGAGGACAGCCCGACGCCGGACAACCACUUCUUCAAGUACGCUUCGCUGGUGUACGCCCAAAAUCACCCGGUCAUGAAGAACGGCCACGAUUGUAAUGAAACAUUCCAGGAUGGUAUCACUAACGGAGCGUACUGGUACGAGCUUAACGGAGGCAUGCAGGACUUCAACUACGUGUUUAGCAACUGUUUCGAAAUUACGCUGGAACUGAGCUGCUGCAAGUAUCCGUCUGCCAACGAACUACCCAAAGAGUGGCACAAGAACAAGCGCUCCCUGAUCGAGUACAUGAAGCUGACGCAUGUCGGAGUGCGGGGUCUGGUCACGGACAGCAAUGGCUAUCCAAUCCAGGAUGCUGAUGUAAUCGUAGAUGGGAUCAAGCAGAACAUCCGUACCACCAAGCGGGGAGAAUACUGGCGACUGUUAGUGCCGGGCAACUACAAACUUCGCGUCGAGGCCGUUGGAUUUUACCCAAGCCAGGAGGUCCCGAUUACGAUCGCCGCCGAACAGCCGUUGCGUGUCAACUUCAGCCUCAAGUCGUAUGACGCCGACGAGGGCGGUGAUGGUACAGUUGCAGUAGCUGUCGCGGAUAAAACCAAGCACCCACGGGUGGUGCGACAACAACCGGAUGAGUAUGGGUUCCUAAUUAAACCCAAAUUUGAGCAUCACAACUUUACCGCUAUGGAAUCUUUGAUUCACGAUUUGGCCGGAAACUAUCCGUCGAUAACCCGCCUAUAUUCCAUCGGAAAAAGCGUACAGCAGCGUGAUCUCUGGGUAAUGGAAAUCACACGCAACCCAGGCAAACACGUGCCCGGUAAACCCGAGGUGAAGUACAUUGCCAACAUGCAUGGCAACGAAGUGGUUGGGCGCGAGCUUCUCCUACUGUUUGCCAAAUAUCUGUGCGAGAACUACAACCGCACCGAGCGGGUCACGAAACUGGUCAACAGCACCCGGCUGCAUAUUCUGUUCAGCAUGAACCCGGACGGGUACGAAAUAUCCGAAAUCGAAGACAAAGACAAUCUCAAAGGUCGAGCCAAUGCCAAUAACGUGGAUUUGAAUAGGAAUUUCCCGGACCAAUUUGGACGAAAUAGCUACAACAUGAAGCAGGAGCCGGAGACGCACGCCGUCAUGAACUGGUCGCUGUCGAUUCCGUUCAUUCUGUCGGCCAAUCUGCAUGGCGGGGCGUUGGUGGCAAACUAUCCGUUUGAUGAUUCUCCGAAGGAUUUUGCCUACUCGAAUGGGUAUGGAGAUCCUCGAACGGUUAAAAACCCCACCGAGGAAGACGAGAUGUUCCAAUAUCUUGCACAUACGUAUGCGAACGCUCACACUACGAUGCAUUUGGGUCAGCCGUGUCCUACUUACAUUAAGGAAAGCUUCAAGGACGGAAUUACAAACGGUGCUGCCUGGUACUCCGUUACAGGAGGUAUGCAAGAUUGGUCCUAUAUUGUAGGGGGUGCCUACGAACUGACUCUGGAAGUUGGUUGUGAUAAAUUCCCCAAGGCCGAGGAACUGCCCAGCUUUUGGCUGCAGAAUCGGGAAGCCUUGUUGCGAUACGUGGAGCAGGCCCAGCAUGGAAUCUAUGGUACUGUUAAGAGUACUAUUGGGCAUCCGAUUGCCCAUGCAACAAUUCAAGUGAACAACAUCCAACAUGUAACCUUUAGCAGCGAGGAAGGUGAUUUCUACAGAAUGCUGCUACCUGGAUUAUACAAUGUGACGGCUGAUGCCGCCGGCUACGAACCCCAAAUCAUGCAAAUUCGUAUUCCUCCGGAGGCAACCUCAGCGGUCCUGGUGGAUUUUCUACUGAUGCGCGACGAUCCUCAGCACUGGUCCUCUGCCUACGAUUAUCGCACAUUGGAGAAUGUCGUCCGGACGCGUUACCACAGUGAUUCGCAAUUGCAUGAGAUUAUGAGUGAGUUUGAGAAUAAGAACUACAAGACCGCUUCCCUGGAAUUUGGUGAUAACGAAGUAGCGAUGGCAUACCCAUCCGUGAAGAUGACUGACAACAUUGGUACCCCAGAAGAAACUAAGCUGCAUAUACUGGUUCUCUCAUCGCUCUUUCAAAGCACAGCUAUUGGUCGCGAGAUGGUUAUAAACCUGGCUCGACAUGUUCUUGCCGGAUACCGGAUUCCAGAACCAUCGUUGAUAAAGCUGUUGAAGAAUGUAGUUCUUCAUUUUGUGCCCAUAAAAAUGGACUCACAAAAUUUGUUGGAACAGUUCCGUGCCAACCAAAGUGUGUGUGAUCCGUUCGUACAGGAAGAAUUAGCCGAUAAAUUGCUGAGUGCUGAAACUGAUCAUCAGAAAGAUAUGCUGCUAAGGAUGCUUCAAGAUGAAGAGUACGAUUUAGCACUGAAUUUUGCCGCUGGUGGAAAUGAUGUAUUCUACCCAAACACCGAUGACAAAGUGGCAAUAUAUCCGCGGUUUGCCGAGAAAAUUAAGGGACACAAAUACACCGUCGUUACGAACCAGCAGUGUCCCGAAUCGGCUACACGACUUCACCAAGCCGACGCCAUCCAACGGCUUACCAACCAACUGCAUAGUCUAUACAAAGUCCCCAUGUUUACACUACAGUUGGGAUGCUGUAAAAUGCCUCAAGAAGCGGACAUCGCCACCGUAUGGCGUCAGAAUCUUGAAAGAAUGACUAAUUUCCUCCGAUUGAUCGACACCGGCAUAAAGGGAUUUGUACGAGACUCCGCUGGUCGCCCCCUGCGUAAGGCGAUACUCAAAGUGCGAGGAAACAACCUGAUCUACAAGGUCACACCUAACAUGGCCCACUUCCGUGUAGUUCUACCCUCCGGUUCAAUGGAAAUCGAAUUCAGUUGCGUCAAUUACACUUCGAUAAUCCGACCCAUCCUGUUAAAUCAGGACCAAGUUCUGGAUAUGGGAGAUAUUGUGAUGCAAUUGGCCGCUCGGCCCAUAGGUGAAGGCAGCGUAGAACCUGUCCCCUCGAAAAUCUUCGCCUCGACCACCGUGAAACCAGAACAGCACGGAAGCUUUGGUGUGUUGGAACCACACGAAAAAAUGAAAAUUUUCCCCACUGAUGGCGGUUUGACCCAAGGCCGGGUCAGUGGGUUAAUUCUCGAUGAAGGCAACCAUCCGAUUGCCAAUUCAAAAGUCUUUAUCCAGAAUCGAAUAACCAAUGCUACGGCGUACACCGACUAUCUGGGCAAAUUUCAACUAGAUGGAGUAAAACAGUCCGAUUUCGUUCUGCACGCGGAGGUUUCCGGGUACACGUCUGAUGAACGCACCCUUCAUAUGAAUCCGGUUGCGGGCGGUGAGCUGUCUGGUGUGAUAUUCCACCUGAAACGUGACGAACGCGUGAUGGGAAUACCCAGGUUGUUGUUCGUCAUUCUGGCCGGCUGUGCAUCGGUUGCCAUAAUUGCAGGCGGCGUGAUGUGCUUCAUGUACAUUCAGGCCCGCCGGAGAAAUUCUCGCUACUACUACAGCUUCUCGAUGCUACCCCAGAAGGGUGAGCAGACGAAGCGACUGUUCGAGGAUGACGAGGACGGUGAAACGGAACUAUUUCGAGCGCCAACGAAGAAGCUCCAACCUUAUUACGAUGAUGAACAAGACCCAAUCACUGACACCGAGGACGACAGUGAGGAAGAAAUUGUGAUGCUCAAUUCAUCUUUCCGAAACAGCUAGGCUAGUAUCGUUCUUUUGGAGAAAAAAAUGUUACAACAGAAUUGCCAUCAGCAGGUAAUAUUUAAGAUCUAAUCGCCUUCUACGGUUCCCGCUAAGUUUAAAUAGCUAAUCCCUAGCUGGAAAUAAUCAGUUUAAAAAUUUAACACCUUUGCAUAAAGGAUCAAAAGUCUGAUAAUAUUGCUUUUAUUUUUCGACCGAAAUCGAAUCAUUCCAAUCUCAUGUCAAUUGAAACAGUCAAUUUCCUAUAAUGAAAAUCCUAUACUUGUGCAAUCAAGAGUAACUCAACUAUUUCCUUGCAAAUAAGCGUAAGCACAAUGAUAUGUGAAAUGUGAUAACUCGAUUAUUAAAAUGAAAGAAUAAAAUUGCACAAAGGCAAUCAAUAGUUCGAUUAGAAAUACAUCGAACGGAAAAAGUUAUCUCUUAGUUGAUUUACUUAUUGUUAUUCUACGACGCGCUCUCCUUUAACGGUUAAAAUAUAGAUGUUGUUGGUGCGGUAGGUGUUCAAAGCGAAUCUUUGGACAAUUGUUUUUUCAGAGGAUGUCGAUUCUAACGUCAUUAAUUGCGAACGACUUAUUUUUGUAAUAAAUGAUAAUACCUACGCUAGAAAUAA